AUGUGUGACAAGUACCCCGGGCUCAUCCCUAAUCUCUGGUCAUCCAGUGAUGACCAGGAAAAGACAGCAUUUGUCACCCUGGAGAGUGGCCCAAGCACAGCUUUCGGAACGUCUCCUUUUCAUAUUCUCAAGCUAGUGUGGGCAGCCUUGCUGGCUGACUAUAUCGAGUCAAAAGCUUUGAGCUUUGGCGUUCUUGUAUCCAGGGAGCACUUGCAGCUCGAGCACUGGGCUGCCAAUAUUGAUCUUGACCAGCCUUUCCCUCUCGCUGUUCGUCUUCAGCGGCUGGGCAGCCAGUCAAUUGGAGAUAUCUCUUUCAACACGGUAUUGCAUUGGGAGGACGACACAGACGUGUGGCCAAAGUGUCCGUUUAACGAGAUCUCCGUCUUGUCGAAUGUUGGUAUUAUUAUAGUCGCAACGGAGAGAGAUUAUGUCAUCCAGCUUGCACUAUAUUAUCGUUGUGCGGUGCUCGGAGAAGCUGAAGCGCAAAAUAUGAUCACGGCUCUGGGUGCCCUACUCGAUGCGUCACCAUCCACUUCUCAACCAGCGAGAAUAUCUUGUACAAUUCAUGACCAUCAUCUGUUUCAGCUUCAGAACUGGAACAGUCGGUCAUCUGAUAUCCUGGUGGAGGAUUGUAUUCACCAUCUGUUCCAGCGCCAAUCGGCGAAAGAACCGUGGAAGCCGGCCGUUUGCGCCUGGGACGGAGAAUUCACCUACCAAGAGGUAGAGAUAUUUUCGAACACAAUUGCUGCCCGUUUGCAGAAACAUAACAGCAUACCAGAUUCAAUCGUGCCCAUAUUCUUGCCCAAGUCCAAAUGGGCCGUGGUGGCGAUAAUGGGAGUCCUGAAGGUAGGAGCAGCAUUUGUGCUCCUGGAUACCUCGUAUCCUGCUGUUCGACUACAGAAUAUCUGCGAGGAUGUCCAACCUAAGGUGAUUAUAUGCUUCAGCGACGCACCGUCAAUCGAGUAUCCACUGGUCAAGAUGAUCAUUGGCAACGAGGUGUACGGGCAACCAACUGUAUCGCCGCCCAUGGUCUCAACCAGUCCUUGCAAUGCCGCCUAUAUAUCUUUCACGUCCGGCUCAACCGGACGGCCAAAGGGCGUCGUUAUCGAGCACAGGUCAUUCUGCACCAAUGCUCUUGCCACCAGCCAAGCCCAUCGCCUCGACGGUCGCUCGCGUGUCUUGCAAUAUGCAUCGUUCGCCUUCGACGUUAGUAUCCUCGAGUGCCUGGCUCCGCUCCUGUUAGGAGGCUGUGUCUGUAUUCCAUCCGAGCAUCAGCGCAUGAACUGGCUGGCCGAAUCCUGCAACGAUCUCCAGGUCAAUUGGGCCGAGCUCACCCCUUCCGUUGCCCGGAUGCUCCAGCCCGCAGAGGUGCCCAGCAUUCGAACGCUUGUACUCGGGGGAGAGCCUAUAUUGAGAACUGACAUCAGCCAGUGGAAGCACGUGGACCUGAUCUGCGCGUACGGUCCGGCAGAGUGCACCGUUGUUUCCACCGUCCAGUCGCAUGUCAGAGACCCUGGAAAUAUCGGCCGCUGCUACGGAGGGAGCGCGUGGAUUGUGGAUAAAGAGAAUCACGAGCGUUUGCUCCCCAUCGGGCCUAUUGGUGAGCUCGUCAUUGGAGGGCCCAUUGUCGGACGAGGGUAUCUCAACAGGCCUGCGCAGACCGAGGCAGCGUUUGUGAGUAUUCCCACUUGGGGAUCCCUCUUUGGACUUGGUCCAGAUGCAAGGCUCUACAAGUCUGGGGAUCUAGCUAGGUAUGCAACUGAUGGAUCGAUUAUCUACUGCGGAAGAAAAGACACCCAGGUGAAAAUUCAUGGCCAGCGAGUCGAGCUCGAGGAAAUCGAGUCUCACGCGCGGAAAUUCCUGGCAGACUAUGGCGUCGUGGUUGAACUGGCUGGCGUCGUGAAUGAAAGACCGUUCCUGGUGCUCUUCCUGGCGCCCAGAUGCUCUGCUGAUUACCAAGAUCUCUCCGCCUCUCUAUUCCAUGAGCCCGAUGCCGGGUUUCAUCAGCUAAUAGAUCAUCUCAAAGAUGCCCUACACAACGCUCUGCCGGUGCAUAUGAUACCGACGACAUACAUCCCCAUAUCUCGAAUUCCACUGACUCCAACCGGCAAAGUGGAUCGGAAACUGUUGCGAGAAUUGGUGGAUGAGUUGACACUAUCCCAACUUCGAAAGUAUCGCAGUGGCCUUAUGGCUGAAGCAACAACCUCACCGACAACACCAACCGAGACGAUACUUCGACAGCUCGUGGCCACCGAGCUCGGCAUGCCUGAGAGUAAAGUUGCUGCAACGGACAGUUUUCUCGAGCUGGGUGGCGAUUCCCUCAGUGCCAUAUCGCUAGUCGCCAACGCCCGAAACAUAGGGUUGCAGUUCUCAAUGUCCAGCGUAUUCCAGGCCGACUCAAUACGCACUUUGGCUGCAGAAAUCCGCAAGAUAGAUGGUGAACUCAAUCUCCAAUACCAACCCCUCUCCUUGGUCAACGGGGAUAGACAUGCUCUUGUUCAACAGGCAGCGGUGCAAUGUCACCUCAGGCCCAGCGACAUCGAAGACAUCUAUCCUUGUACCCCCCUGCAAGAAGCCAUGAUUGGAUUUAGCUUGCAACAGCCCGGCUCCUUCCAAGCUGACUUCUCGUUUUCCCUUCCGGCCACGGUGGAUCUGGGUCGAUUUUGGGAUGCCUGGGACACAGUUAUCUCAGCACGUCCGAUACUGCGGACAAGGAUUGUACAAUUAUUCCUCCCUCAUGCACUCCAGGUUGUGGUCCGUUCUGCACAAACACGUCAGGAGCAGCCAUACGAAGAUACAUUCAUGACUCUCGGAACUCCCUUGGUGCAGCUCUCCAUGGCUGGACCGGUAACAUUCACCCUGACGAUGCACCAUGCCCUCUUUGAUCAAUGGUCAUACGAUCUCAUUCUGGAGGAUGUCGAGGCGGUAUAUCGAGGGCUCACUCUUGUUCCACAGUCAUACGCGCCGUUUAUCAGAUAUACUAUAGACUCAUCGAACGAGUCCGCCAGGGUGUUCUGGAAGAAAGAGCACCAAGGCCUUUAUAUGCGGCACUUCCCUUCCACGCCUCGCAGCCUCCAGCCGGAGACGACAACCAUAAAUCGCACCCACCGGCCACUUCACAUUGUGCAUUGGCCUCAUGGCCACUUCACCCGGACGACGGUAAUCCGGCUUGCCUACGCCAUCCUCAUUGGGCAAACGACCCGUUCAUCGGACGUUGUGUUUGGCGUCACCGUCAACGGGCGCAAUGCCUCGGUCCCGGGCCUCGACAAACUAGCUGCUCCGACAAUCGCCACCAUGCCCCUGCGUGUGAUUCUUCGGAACGAGGACAGCGUUCACGAAACGUUACUUAGGAUGCAGCAACAUGCGGCCGAGCUGAUUCCCUACGAACACACCGGUCUCCGGUGGAUCAAAACGUGUAGUUACGAGGCAGCUUCUGCGUGCCAGUUUCAGAGCCUGUUGGUCGUUCAGCAACAUGCCCGCAAAGAAAGCUCGCCAGGCUUGUUCCAUCAUCCAAUGGGUGACUUUCCUGCCCAAUCCAACUUUAGUACUCAUCCCUUGACUGUUAUCUGCGAUCUUGCGCCGGAAGGUGUGAGUGUUGCCAUUUUCUAUGACUCGGGUUUGGUUUCUUCGGAGUUUGCAGAAACUGUGAUAAAGCAACUGGAGUAUCUGAUCUCUCGACUUGCCAUUGAUUUGGCGGAGCCCAUGUCAAAGCUCCUUCUAUCUCCCCCGGUGGGCCUGCUUCCGAUGUAUGAAACUGUAAACAGCCCAGGCGAUCUUGUCAGCAGCAGCAGCAGCAGCAGCAUUACGUCCGCAGCACUGGCUUCAUGGACAAGCAAGCCUUUAAAACAAACAAUUUCAACUCUACUAAACUCCGCCCAUCUCUCGACACCUAAUAAAACACUGGUGUCGAGGGCUCUGAAGGAGCUCGGGCCGGUCCAACGGGACACCGCUAACCAACUACGAGCAAUUGUCGCAUCAGUGCUACGGUUAACAGCCGAGGAGAUCAGCGACAGUGAUGAUUUCUUUGCUCUCGGUGGAGACUCGGCGACAGCAAUGCAGGUGGUCAUGCAGUGCAAAACGGAGGGUCUGGCGCUUACCGUCCGGGAUAUCUUCAACGAAAAGACUAUGGUUUGCAUCGCUGCGACAUUACAGCCACUACAGGCUGUCACAUCUGUAGUUCAGUUUGCUACAGAAUACAAACGAUUCUCCCUACUCGGGAUGACGCCAGACGAGGAACGGAUCUUGGAAAUCCAGUUAAAGCGCCAGCUUGGGAUCUCCCACCUGGAUCUGGUGGAGGAUGUUUACCCAUGCACGGCGGUCCAUGAAGGGUUGCUAAGAACACAACUGUUGGAGCCGAUGACCCACCAGUCUUUUACUCUCUGGGAAGUGGUUUCGCAUUGUGGCUCUGUUUCUCCAUAUCGGUUACGCGAGGCCUGGGCCCAGGUUUCGCGGCGUCAAGCGGCCCUUCGCACCGUUUUACUCGACAACUUCCUACCCGAAAGACCGUGGACGAAAAUGCAGGUUGUUUUUCACGACCCUGUGUCUGCUGCAUCGGUCUUCACCGGUGUCAGCGAAGACUAUUGCCAUCUGUCUAGCCAUCCGCUCAGACAUGUGGCUGGUAGUCCGCCAUGUCAUUUCAGUGUAUACCAAACCGUUGAAAACCGCGUCUACUGUAAGCUGGAAGGCACGCAGGCGUUUCUUGACAGCAAAUCCAUCUCCAUUCUUCUGAAGGAUCUCACUCAUGCUUAUACAAACACUCUCUCGUCCGAAAAGGGCCCACUGUAUCGCUCCGUCGUCGAGGUUCUGGCGUCACCAUCAAACAGGGUCAGCUCGGAAGCAUACUGGAAGCGCCAGAUCGCUCUCGCACGUCCCUGCAUCUUCCCACACCUCCCGGGGGCCAACGACCCAGAGAAAGAAACAUUGAAAGUAAGCAGCCUCGCCCUCUCAUUAGACAAUGAUCUCGCACGCUUCUGCGCCGACGGGGGCUACACCCUCAACACCGUCCUCCAGGUAGCAUGGGGUAUGACGCUGCAGCAGUACACCGGCCAGAGCGCCAUCUGCUUCGGAACUCUAGUUUCUGGACGGGACAUCCUCCUCGCCGAGAUCGACCAGACCGUCGGCUCAUUCUUCAAUGUCCUCCCCUGCUGCUUGGACCUCAGCACCGCGCCUCAUGCCCUUUGUCUCCCGGUCAUCCUGCGCGAGAACCAGUCCGAAAGUGCAAACCGCCUCGCCCAUCAGCAUUGCUCCUUGCUCCAUAUCCUCGAGCACUCGCCGUACUAUGGGCACCGGAGGCUUUUCAACACGUGCUUUUCCCUGGAGGAGUCGCUGUCGAGCGCCGCGCAGGGCCCCGAUCAAGAGGGGAUCCGGUUCGUUGAGAGGGACACGCAUGAGCCCACCGAGUAUGAUCUCCUCCUCACUUGCGUCGAUACCCAAUCUGCCUUGGAAGCGAGACUAACCUACUGGUCGUCUGGCCUGUCCGAGGAGCAGGCCACUGGGGUCCUUUGGGCGUUUCAGAACCAUGUCCGCAUAAUCACAGCGUUGCGAUGA